UUUGCACGUGACUUGCAGUUGGCUCAAUUCAUUUCUUACGCAAUCCACCACACGAUUCUCGCUCUUUCUAUAUUGUGUUCUUCUUUUUUGCAAGAAUUUGCAAUCUUCUAAAGAACACACAUCGUUUGGACUUAUCAUCCAUUUCUCUACGUCUUGCAUCACUCGUCCUUGUUUUUUGACAACCAAACUAAUCGAAAAUGGGCCGACGUGGACGAUCUGCAAGUCCCCCACCGAGACGUGCUGCACCUCCAGCACGACCAGCACCAGCACCUGCCAGGGCUGCUCAUCCUCCAGCACCUGUCGCACCUCAGCCAACCCAGCCAAUGAUGGCCCCACCAGCACAGGGUCCUGGACUUAUGGGACAAAUGAUGGCAACUGCAGGAGGUGUGGCUAUUGGAUCCACAGUGGGUCACGUAAUUGGUCACGCUAUCACUGGCGGUGGUGGUUCUAGCGCCGCUGAGGCCGCCCCUGCAGCAGCAGCAGCUCCAAUGCAAAGUUCUGCACCCAGCGGACAGUAUGGUCAACAACAGCAACAGCCUGAGGGUGGUGCUUGCGCCUGGGAAAUGAAGCAAUUUCUUCAAUGCGCUCAAACUCAAGGAGACUUGAGCCUUUGUGAAGGAUUCAAUGAAGCUCUUCGUCAAUGUCGUCAGUAUAACGGACUUAACCAGUAACGCAGCUCCAAUAUAGAAGACUUAUUCCAAAACGUCGUAGUCAAACUAUUAGGCUAAUAACAACUAUGUAUAACUGUCAAAUUUUACGUUUUAUCAAUCAAUCAAAUCAGAAACUUUACACAUUAAAAUGCUAAAAUUAUCAUCAUCAGCCAACAGAAGAUUGGUCAUUUUAUUUCGAGACUACCAAAAACAAAUUGUAAACUGCGAGAAAUGCGAAUGCAAUGAAUAAAAUUGUUUUAGUUUA